CUUUGUCUUUCAGAAAUGUAGGUGGCAGCUGCUGCCUUUGAAGGACUCGCACCCAUCUGACCCUGCGCAGUGCCUCCGACUGCGACCAUGAUCUUCUGCAUGCUGCUGUUGGCCUCACUGCCUGAGCCAUCUGGCACCGAAGUCAACCCUGCUAUAUGCCGUUACCCUUUGGGGAUGCACGAGGGAACGAUACGAGAUGAGGACAUCACUGCUUCCAGCCAGUGGUACGACUCCACAGGACCCCAGUAUGCACGGUUACAGAGGGAAGAGGGGGACGGAGCCUGGUGCCCAGCUGGCUUGUUGCAACCAGAAGACGUGCAGUUCCUCCAGAUUGACCUGCACAAGCUCUUUUUCAUCACCCUGAUAGGCACUCAGGGCCGACACGCCCGUGCCACGGGGAAGGAGUUUGCCCGCGCCUACCGCCUCGACUACAGCCGCAACGGGGAGCGCUGGAUCUCCUGGAGGGAUCGCCAGGGCAGGAAGGUGAUCCAGGGCAACAUCGACACGUACGACGUGGUCCUGAAAGAUCUGCGGCCCCCCAUCAUCGCACGCUUCAUCCGGGUGAUCCCCGUGACAGAGAUGCCCAUGACUGUCUGUAUGAGGGUGGAGCUCUAUGGCUGUGUCUGGUAUGAUGGUUUGGCAUCCUAUAGCAUCCCUGAAGGAGGGACAGUGGCAGCUCCUGGCUCCCCCAUCGCUUAUCUGAACGACUCGACCUACGAUGGCUUCCAGGAGCGCAGGCACUUGUAUGGUGGCCUGGGCCAGCUGACUGAUGGUGUGCUGGGACUGGACGACUUCACCCAGAGCCACCAGUACCGUGUGUGGCCUGGCUAUGACUACGUUGGCUGGAAGAAUGAGAGCUUCAGCACGGGCUCUGUGGAAAUGGAGUUCCAGUUUGACCGGCCGCGGAACUUCACCUCCAUGAAG